UCAGCAGGGGGCGUGUCCAGACAGGCACAUAGUUCACCACAGUGUGUGUGUGAGAGAGAGAGAGAGUGUGAGUUUUGUGAGAGAUUUCAAAGUACAAUUUAUUUUUAAGGUACAUACAGUACAUGUCACCAUAUAUAACACAGAUUCUUUUCUUACGAGCAUACUUAGCAAAUCUAUCGAACGGUAACUGCAAACAAACUGUGCAAAUGCAGAUAAUAAAUAAAUAACAAUAAAUAAUGAGCAUGAAAUAACAAUAUAACAGUCCUUAAAUGAGUGUAAUUAAGCCCUUUUGCUCAAGAGCCUGAUGAUUGAAGUGUAAUGUGUGUGUAUGUACGUGUGUUUAUUGUGAGUGCGUGUGAGAGUAUUUUUGAGAGAGAUUGUGUGUAUGUGCUUGUGUAAGAGUGUGAAUGUGAGGUUGUGAAUUUGUGCAUGAGUGUGUACAUGUGAAUAUGAGUGUGUUUGAAAGAGUGUGUAUGUACGAGCGUGUGCAUGUGCAUUUUGAGUGAGAGUAUGGGUGCAUUCAGUUUGUUUGUGCUGGUUUGUAUGUAAGAUGAAUGUGUAUGUCAAUGUGCACUGUGUGUGAGUGUGUUUUGGUGUGUACUGGCUGUGAAUGUGAGUGUGUGUCAGUGUGCACUGUGUGUGAGUGUGUGUGUUUAGUGUGCACUGUGUGUUGGUGUGUACUGUGUGUGAGUGUGAGUGUGUUUUGGUGUGCACUGUGUGUGAGUGUGUGUUGGUGUGCACUGUGUGUGAGUGUGUAUUGGUGUGUACUGUAUGUGAGUUUGAGUGGGUGUCUGUGUGCACUGUGUGUGAGUGUGAGUGUGUGUUGGUGUGUGCUGUGUGUGUUGGUGUGCACUGUGUGUGAGUGUGUCGGUGUGCACUGUGUGUGAGUGUGUCGGUGUGCACUGAGUGUGAGUGUGUGUUGGUGUGCUCCUCCAGCUGUACUCUGUGAGCCUCUGAGGGAUGUGAUAUGUGUGCUGUUGUUGAGAGUGAUGGAGGAGGAAGGAAGGAGACUGUGUGAGUGACUGGCUGCCCAGUGGAGUGUGCAGAUCAGGGAAUGAUCGUUGCUCUGAGCUGAUAGCACCUCCCACCGCGACCAAUCGUAGAUCUGUAACCUUCCCACAAGGCUACCCUCUUCCUCCUCCUCCUCCUCCCUUCGCUCUGAACUCGCUCCUCCCCCUCCUCCCUAGCCACAUCCUGUGAUGCCUUAAUAUCAGUCGUAGCCGGAGUCUCUGGCGAGAGAGACGGUGCGAGGUGAACGAAGUGGGGGAACUGGACGUUGCUGGGACACCCCCUUUUCAUAGAGGAACACCCCAGCCAGAAAUGGACCACCAGACGCGCUUCAAACAGAAGGUAUUGCCUCAUUACCUGAAGGUGAUAACAGAGGUCGUGACGCUGGAUGACAUUGUCAGCAACUGCAGUGAUCUCAGCAGGGUAGAGAACAGGCUGCGGACCGCGGUGACGACAGCUCACACUGAGAUCCGAGGCGCCGUGGCGGAGGGAAAGAAGGUCGAUGAAGAUGUGAACAAUGAGAUCAGAGAUGCGAUGGAGGAGAAGAGGAAAGUUCAGCAGGAGAUGGAGAAUAAGAGGAAGCAGCUGUUGAAGGUGGGAAAUGAACUCAUCACUUUGGAGACUGAGAAAGAGAAGAAGCAAGCUAAACUGAAGCAGGUUCAGGCGACGAUUCUGCAAAAAGAAGAAACCCGGGAAGCUGAAUACGCCCGUAAGGCAGAGAAGGAAACAUUACGUAAUGUGGGAUUUGGUCUGUUCGUCCUGCCGUUUGUCGGCCUCCCCCUGGCUCUUGGUGCAACCAGGGAAAUGAAACGCUCGGAGCAACUGAUUUCCCAGGCCUCUGAGAAGCUGUCGACGAUGAUGAAGGAACAGGACUGCGUGUGCCAAGAGCUGACCGACUGCCAGAAGAAGGUGGAGGAGCUGAGGCUGGAGCAGCAGGAGGUGGACAACCAGCUGAGGGGGAAUGAGGUGGAUCUCCAGGUCAAGCAGGGACACAUAACCCAGCUGUGUGCCAGCAGGAUGAAGGUGUUCAACAGUAUGGAUCACCUGAACACCCUCCAGACAGAGUUGGACUUGGUGUAUGAGGAUUGCGACCCGGACAACUAUCCUGGGAUUAACCUGGUCCAGAAACUCCAGGAUCUCGUCUCCCUUGUCCAGAGUCAAAGCUUCGGCCUUGAGUUGCUGGGGGACCCCCGGGUAGUCAGUAAGCUCAGCCAGCUCGAUGGGAGAUGCCGGAACGGAGCACCGUCACUCCCGGAAGUCUGCGAGUGACCACAAAGGGAUGUGUGUGAGAGGUGUUGACUCCCUGAAGGUACCUAAGGAAGCCACCAGCCCACAGCUUUAUGCAUCAACUCAUCACACAGACAGGCCCUCAGCCCAGUUUUACAGCUUACCUGCCUGCACUCGGAGUGUAAGCAUUCAUCCCUUUCCUGUUCCCAUCCCAAUGUCAGUCCAACAAUCUCCAACAGGUAGAGAGGUGUCUCAGUCCACCACUUCCUCUGGCUGCCGGUUCUGGUUAGUACAUUUCCAGCAUCUGCAGAAUCUCUUGCAAUUAUUAUUUUUUCUUUAGUUACAACCAAGACCCUGACAGUUCCUAAAGUUCAGGUGAACUCCCUCUUCUAUCUUUUUCACAAAAAUGAUGAACCAGCCCUCAUGCAGACCUACACCUUAUCUGUGUCCUGCAUCGAUCUGUGUUCUCAGACAAAUUCCUGCUGUUCAAAAGCUGCCGAAAUGCAGGCUAUCAAGUGCACAGGUCACUCCCGCCGGAGGGACAAAGUGCUAGCACAUUUUGUCAGUCCUGUAAAAUCAGGCACCUGCCACUCAUUUCCAACGCAUCCUAUUGAAACCCAUUUCUCAUCCACAGUCGUCGUUCACCAUUGAACCAGCCGCCUCAACCAGUUGCUCCAAGCCUUCAACACCUUGCCUGUCGAGCGAAGUUUCUGAUCUCUCCUGUUCAGUCCCCUCGUGACUUGUUAUUUCAGAGUCAGAAUCAGCUUUAUUAUUGCUUGCAUGUGACCUGAAAUUUGUUAACUUAGCAGCAGCAGUUCAAUGCAAUACAUAAUAUACCAAAGAAAAAAAUAAAUGAAAUGAAAAAAUAAUAAUGAAUAAGUAAAUCAAUUACAGUAUACAUAUAUUGAAUAGAUUAAAAAUGCGUGCAAACACAAAAAUACUAUAUAUUUUUUAAAAAGUGAGGUAGUGCCAAAAGAUUAAAAUGUCCAUUUAGAAAUUGGAUGACAAAGGGGAAGAAGCUGUUCCUGAAUCGCUGAGUGUGUGCCUUCAGGCUUCUGUCCCUCCUACCUGAUGGUAACAAUGAGAAAAGGGCUAUGCCCUGGGUGCUGGAGGUCCUUAAUAAUGAACGCUGCCUUUCUGAGACACCGCUCCCUGAAGAUGUCCCGGGUACUUUGUAGGCUAGUACUCAAGAUGGAGCUGACUGGAUUUACAACCUUCUGCAGCUUCUUUCGGUCCUGUGCAGUAGCCCCUCCCUAUCAGACAGUGAUGCAGCCUGUCAGAAUGUUCUCCAUGGUACAACUAGAGAGUUUUUUGAGUGUAUUUGUUGACAUGCCAAAUCUCUUCAAACUCCUAUUAAAGUAGUGACGCUGUCUUGCCUUCUUUAUAACUACAUCGUUAGAUGUAGAGUAGUUAGAAAGAGUUAGAUAGAGCUCUUAAAGAUAGCGGAGUCAAGGGAUAUGGGGAGAAGGCAGGAACGGGGUACUGACUGUGGAUGAUCAGCCAUGAUCACAUUGAAUGGCAGUGCUGGCACGAAGGGCCGAAUGGCCUACUCCUGCACCUAUUGUCUAUUGUUUACAUCGAUAGGUUGGGACCAAGUUAGAUCCUCAAAGAUCUUGACACCCGGGAACUUGAAACUGCUCACUCUCUCCACUUCUGAUCCCUCUAUGAGGAUUGGUAUGUGUUACUUCGUUUUACCCUUCCUGAAAUCCACAAUCAGCUCUUUUGUCUUACUAACGUUGAGUGCUAGAUUGUUGCUGCGGCACCACUCACCACUAACUUUAGUCAUAUACUUGGUUGCUCUACAUAUGGGUCAAUCCUCAUCUCUAUUUUCUGAUACCUUUCAUACUUAAAGCUGCUGUCAAUGGGAAGGGUUAAGCCCUUGGUAAAGUUAAUCUGCUUCUAAACCGCCACUAAAUAAAAUAAAUUGAUU